AGAGAAAGUUUCUUCAGGUUGGAUCGGAAAAGUGUCCACCACCGUCUUGUGUCCGGAAUGAGCAGCGAUUCAUAACGAUGGUGCAGGAGGGGGACAUUCUGAUGCUCAAAUUGGCUGAUAUAUUUAAUGCCCCAAGUGAUGAUGAAGACUUUCUUGGUUUUGGAUCUGAUGUUCCCAUGGAAACAUUGUCACUGGAAGACAGCUGUGAGAGUUUCGAUUUGCUUGAAUCAAGAAAAAUGGAUUCCCAUUUGAAGUCCAAGUACCUUACUGAGCAGCUGAGAAAGAUUUUUACAGAAGACAUAGACUCAGAAAAUGAAGUGUUUGAAGGAUUUUCUUCAAGUGAACAUGAAGCAGUGGAAUCAGAACUAGAGAAUAACUCACCCUUAAUGGAGGAAGAAGAAGAGAAGGAAAUUAAGUCAUCUCAUAAGAAGAGAAGCUUUAGAUUUCGUGUGGCAUUACAGUUUCCUAACAAGAAAUCAGCUGAAAAGACUUCCCCUAAGUUCUGUUUAACGGACAGUAAAGAAUCUCCUUUUCUUAAACAAACAAAAAGUAAAAUUUGGGGAAAGGCAGACCAAGAUACUUCUUCAGGAUCCGAGGGAGAUGAGGCACCAGAAGAGAACUCUAAUGCGCUUUUGAAAAGAGAUAUGAAUAUCAGAGAAAAUAAAGCUGUGCUUGCCCAGUUAUUAGCAGAACUGAAUUCUAUACCUGCCUUAUUUCCAGUGAAAACCCCUUCCUCAACUCCUAAACAGAAGAAAACACCAAGGAGAACAUUUUCAGAAGGCCAGAUACAGCGUCGAACUAACCCGGCCAGGAACGCUCGUCCUCCAGAAAAAUUUGCUCUGGAGAACUAUACUGUUUCAGCUGUCAGAUUCGCUGAACACCUUAAUAGUUACAAACACCAGAACUUAUUGAAGAAAAGACUAAAAGGGGGUGUUUUAGGAAUGCCCAAAAGAAGAAGAUUAUCAAGAUAUAGUUCAUUCCGAACAGUUGAUGAUAUAACAGAUGAAGACUUAGAAAAUAUUGCAAUUACAGUUAAAGAUAAAAUCUAUGAUAAGGUUUUGGGAAGCACAUGCCAUCAGUGUCGACAAAAGACAAUUGAUACAAAAACGAUUUGUCAUAAUGAAGACUGUGGAGGUGUGCGGGGACAGUUCUGUGGGCCAUGUCUUCGUAAUCGCUAUGGAGAAGAUGUGAAAUCAGCACUUCUGGAUCCAGAGUGGCUGUGCCCUCCUUGCCGUGGAAUAUGUAACUGCAGCUACUGUCGUAAACGUGAUGGUCGUUGUGCCACAGGAGCACUUAUCCACUUGGCAAAGUUUUAUGGUUACAACAAUGUAAAAGAGUACCUUGAAAGUUUGCAAAAGCAUCUUGGUGUGGAUGACUGAAAAUACCAGAUAUAGCUAUGUGAAUUUUAAUCUUGGUGAUUUACGUAUACUAUUUUUACUUAAAGAUUUAAAUCUUGAACUCUCAUUCAUUACCAUUAUGUUGAAAUAAUUUCAAAAAUGUAGAAAAUAAUCACUUUUGAUCUAUUAAAUAUUUCUGAGGACAAAGGCUGUUAACAUUGGGAACUGAAUAUGUCAAUUUUAAAAAGCCAGUGCUAGAGCAAUAUUUUUGUGCAUAUAAUAAAUAAUAUGGUUUCCUACUGUUUAAAUUGUUCAUCUACAAAAUAAUUCUCUUUCGAGUCUUAGUUUCACAAUCUAAUUCUAAAAUAUUACACCUUAUAUUAUAUCUAGAAAUAGUAUAUUGACUCUCAUUUAAAUCAGUGCUUCUCAGACCUUUAAACUUCUGAAGGCAAGCAACCCAAAUUACCCUUAAUUCUUCUUUCCACACAGAAAAAUGAUAUAAAAAGCCCAGUAUUGUUUGAAAUUGGAAGGGCAUAAUGCAGCCCAGUUUAACUCUUACCAAUUGAAAACAAAUAAGCAUUUAAGCUCAGAAUUGGUCAAAUCCUUUAAAAAGAGGUGGUUUGGAAACUCAUCUGAAGCACCUCUUUUCAAAUCAUUGAAGUAGCAGUGUCCUUUCUUAAGGUCAUGUGGCUAUUUCAGAAGCUGCUUCCCCACUGUCACAUCCCUUAAUUUUUUUCUCCAGCAAAGUUAACUAGAUGUGUAUGUAUGCCCAUUGCAGAGCCAGCUGGGAGCACCUUCUGAAGUCCAGGACAGGACAUGGCUGCUCUAAUGAUUUAAAAAGAGGUGCUUCUUAAAUGCCCUCUUU